AUUGAAUCACUGAUUAUAUAAAGGUGUUUUCCUUGGUGUUUUCCUUGGGCAUUGUCCAGCUCAAUGGUCCAGCUCCCAAACCCCGAUUGUUAUGAUGAUUAUGACGUGUUUAAGUCUUCUGCGGUGAUUAUCACGUGAUUAAAUCUUCUGUGGAGGUAGGACGUCCCAUUGCCUUCUAGGAACAAACAAGUCACAUAAGGGGACAAGAGAGCGCAAUAACUGGGAGCUUGUAAAGUGAUAUUAGUUUAUCGUGGACAGUGAAGAGCAUCAGUCUAUACUUCGGUGAGGCGCGUCAAUUUUGACCCACAACGUCAGGAAUUCGCAACAGUAUUUCAGAUUUGAGUGCAUCAUUGGACACUGAUGGGACAUUGAGAUGGCAUCAUCAUUAUCAUCUGAUGGGGCCAUGUUGGUCUGUGGGAGUAUGGAGGAGCUGAAGCGCAGGGCCCAGGGCCCGGUGAGGAGGAACCUGUUUGGGCCUGUGGACCACGAGCAGCUGCAACAGGACUUCCAGAGGCACCUGUGUAUGACCGUGGAGUCGGCCAACAAGCGCUGGGACUUUGACUUCAACGCCGGCCGGCCGGCCACCAACAGCGCCAGCAUGGAGUGGGAGGAGAUGAAGUGCCAGGAUGUGCCGGCGUUCUACCACAGCUGUGUGGUAAAGAAGCCGGUGAUUGGCAUCGCCGGGCGGAGGGCAGAGAGCGAGAAUGUCAGGCUGGCGCGGGCAUCAUCUCCAGGGUCGUCCAGCAUUGGAGAGGAGUACCUGGAGGUGACCACCAGGGAGAGCUAUAGGAUCCAGAGGCCGGAGAAGAUGGUGGCCAGCCAGAAGGCAGGAGCAGUCAAACGGAGACAAGCCGCCAUAACAGAAUUCUUUGUUGUGAAGAAGAGGAGGGCCAUGCACCACAAACGGUCCUCCCUGCAGUAAACGCAUCCCGAGAAAGAGCACCAUUCAGUGGGCAUGCUUCGUUUGGAAAUCACCUCAUUAAGAUGAAUUUAUAACCUCUGCAAGCUUUCUGUAGCGAGUCUGACUGUCAAAAAGCUCAUAGCUACAAAAUGUCUUCAAAAUUCCUGACAAACUCUGUUGAUUUCCACGCAAGGAAGCUAACUAACGUCCUCUCAGAGUGAAAUACCUCUUGAAUGGAAAUGAUGGAUAUGUUUGUAUAUAUAUUUAUAUGGCUGUAUUUCAUCUAUAUUUCCUAAGCUUGUAUGAUUGUCUAAGCUUUAGAUUAUACUGUGAAAUAGUUCAAAUAGACUCAUCAGGAAAAAGCCUAAACGGCUCUGUUGUCAGAGACUUCGUCCAACAGUACCCCUUGGUAUAGUAUUUCUUAACCCCUAACCACCUCAGCCCGCUCUCCAACAGCCUCUCUCAGAGUUUUGAUAAGAGGAGUUCAACUACUCCUGACCUCACUCCACGUUGUCGUCUUCAGUUUCACCACGGCUGUAAAAGUAUCAGCCACUCGAGUAAGAGGCCCCCGGGGUCACCUCAGGUCAAAUUGGCAACGUGACCAUGAUUAGCCUAGGGUACAAAGGUCAACGGUGAAGUUCCAGCACUUAGGCUAUCAGGCGAGAUGGCUGCAUCGGUAGGGACUUUUAUGAUAAUGAUACAUCUUAUUGAGUAAUAAUGCUUCUCAAUGUAUGUUUUUUUAUGACGGUAAUUGUUUUAUUCUUAACAACAAGAUACUAAAGCGUCAUAUCAGCUUCUUGGUGUGAGUAUUAUUACAGAGUGAUAUAAUGUGUCAGUAGGCAACAAGCUUAAAUUAGCUUAAGUUCAUACUCAAAUAUUGUUAUUAUGGCAGACAUACACUUCACCGUUGGCACCACCGUCUCUGUACAAUUCGUCAAGAACUUCAGUACAAAACGGAAUAAAAUGUCAAACUGUUUUUAUUUAGCCCAUAAUCUUUCCAUUAUCUAUUUAGCCCAUAAUCUUUCCAUUAUCUAUUUAGCCCAUAAUCUUUCCAUUAUCUAUUUAGCCCGCUUCAUUUUGACCCAUUUAUCUUAUUAAGGAAGUAAAACAUGUUCUUGGAAACUGGUAACAAAACGGAAUAUACCUUGUAUGGUUGGCUUUUGUUGGCUAAAUCCUUUUUUACAAUGUAUCCUUUUCUACUCUUGUCUUUUUAUAAUGGCAGCCUCUAGGUUUUGAACGUGACUCUUUUCUGUAUGAAGGUAAUGUAGCAUUGACAUUAUUUGGAGUUGAAGAUAUAAUGGUGUUGUGGUUCACAAAAGUCCAUUGAUCCUUAAUGCAUACGGAACAUUCCAAGUUCUGUCAGUAAAUGAUUCUUUUUUUUAUGAGGAGCUGAGCUGUAACACAUUUCCAUUGCUGUGCUAAAUACUAGACUGUUGUGACAACUGAGGCAGUUGACCAAAAAUUGAUUUGUGAGACAUCUGUAAGCGUUGGUUUGAGACAAGGGACAUAGCCAUAGACAUCCACAUGCCUUAAGCAUCUCACAUAUACAUCUCAGAUAUACCUGUGAUUAAUAUACAGUAUCACAGAUGUAUCCAUUGGUAUUACAUUCCAAACUUUAUACCAUUCAUUCUCCAGAGUCACAUCGCAAUACUGUAAAUAAUAGUGGCAAAAAUAGCAGUCCUACAGGGAGUGCAUUUCCCAAAAUGUGUCAUGUUUGAACAAAUAGCCAUAAUCUGGAUUACCUACCUCAUUGAGCGAUUGACAAAAAAAGUGAAAAUAAUUGACAAAAGAUAUACAAAAUAAAAAUUGUCAAAUAAUUACAACAUAUUUGUUGGAAACUACAGGAGAUAAUUUUGUAUUACUGUUCAUAGCUGGUUCAGUGGGAUAAUGGGUUCAGACCAUAGGCUUUAGUUACACAUCAGGUAAAAGAGUCAGUGUGUCAGAGUGAUAGGCCCAUUCCAGCUCAAAGCAGGACUGAGGAAACUCAAGUCCUCUGGGAGUCCUGAGCUUUGUUAUCUCUUGCCCUCUGGCUUGCUUUGACUGGUUUCCCAGAAGUAGACAGAAUGGAGGAUAGGGGGGGCAGGGACUUUAUUAAUAGACCGCAACAGAAUGAUGUCCGAGACCCUGAAUCAAAGUGGUUCUAUAGCCAGACGAGUGGCCUGUGUUCUAGAGGGCUUUUGUCUGGAUCCAAAGAGGUCCUUAUAUCACCGCCCUAUUGACUUGCCAACGUAGAGAGACAUGUCAACAGAACGUCUUGAUUUCCGUUUACACACUUCACCUCACAAAUGGAAUCGAUUAUCCAUUUUUAUUUAAUAAUAUUUUAUGGUGUUUUUGUUGUUGUUUUGUGUGUGUUUGGACUUGAGUCUAUAUGUGCAUUUUGGUAUACAUGCGCCUGUCUUUCAACGUGUUCAAAACAAAUCUUUAAAAGUCUGUUAACUUAUUUUUAACUAUAUAUUUUGUUUUUGUAGGGAAAUAAUUCUAAAUACCCUUUCGGUAAAACUAAUUGAUUAUGUGUAUUGUUGAACUGUCUUUGCACUAAAACAUUAUUGACAAGAUAAUUCUAUAUUUCUGAUUUUAUAGAAGUACUCUCACGGAAGGGGAAGUGUUUAGAAAAAAACAAACCUUCACUGCUGAACUGGGACACAGACUAUGGGCUAUCGUAGUUUGGGUCGGACACAAAAUGAUAAAUAGAUAUUCGGUGCUUUCUUGGUAUUACAACAGUGUUAAAAACAAGGUAAUACUCAGCCGUAAUAUUACUGACUGUACUGGUUUUCCCAGAAUUCCCUUGGCAAGCGAACUGUGAUAAGUUAAUGAUCAUAGAUCUGUAUACAGCUACUGGGCUGCUCAAUCCUGCAUCCCCCCUGGCCCACAUUAUCCCAGGUAUAUCAAAACAUAGUAUUGCAUGCCUUAUAUGCAUGAAUGGAUAACAUAGGUUUUUGAUAGGAUAAUGGUUAAUGUAUGCCAAGUGUAUUACAAUGUAAUUACAUGGGAACAGACUAUUAGCUUUGAUUCGGUUUUGGUAAUAGUUUGAAAAUAAAAUGACACAUUUCAAUGAGGAUUCAAUGACCGGUUUUUGGUGCACUGUUGACUUUGAUGUUCAUUUGUUACAGUAUGUUUCAGAUGAUUAAAUAUGUAAAUAAAUGAUAGAAAUAUACUAAAGUA